AGGAGGGAGCGAGGCAGAGACACGCAGAGAGAGAGCGAGUGAGCGGGGAUCGAGAGGAGCAGGAGAGGAGGCUAUCUCUCCACCACAGCGUCUGGCUUUCACUAAAAGGUCUGUGACGGUGUUUUUCCUGCGCUUGUUUGCCUAAUUUAUUCCUGCGGGGGCCAGCAGAAAGAAAAGGCGGACAGGGAAAAAAAAGGACAGACGGAAUAGUAAAGAGUGCAACAGAACACCGUGACUCGCUGACAGGGAAUGCAGAACGGUUCUGGCCUCUGGUUGUUACUGCUGGAUGGACAAGCACUGACAAAACGAGAGAAGAGAGGAGUCUAUGACUGAGGAGACUGUUGAACUCGGCUUUUGUUUUGGCUUGUUGUUUUUUCUGUGACAUCUGAGCCUCUGACACCACAAACUCUGGGGAGUUGGAGGAGCCACAAGAAAACAUAAUUUCACCACAGACAACAGAAGAGCACGAAGUCCUUUCAUGAACUCUGUUGCUGCAGAAACCACAUUUUCCAGGACUAAAAAAAAGAGUGUAUUGUCUUUCUCACCACGCUUCUGAUUUAAAUAUCAAGAGGUGGGAUCAUUGUCUGCAUAUGUUUCAUUUCAGGGCACAAAAGUGUUUCUGAGCCAAACUGCUAUUUGUGUAUAAACGCUAAAGUCACACUGUGUUCGUAUCCUGUCAAAAAAACAAAGACAAGGGCUGAAUCCAAUUCCAAAACUCCCCAGACUUAUUUUAUUAAAUUUUCAAAAUAAAAUAAGAUCUUAUUUCUUCCUCCUCAUCGCUAUCACUUCAAUUACAGCCUUGACAAGUCAAGAGUGCGUCUGGACUAGAACUGCCUCAGAUCGGCAGAUAACACCUCUGCACGGCAGGAACUGGUUGGACUAGUUUAUAAGUUGGAGGAGAGGGCAGGGCAGUUUAACCCUGCCUAAAGGAGCACUGUGUUAUUUUCCUCCUACUUGCUUGUCCUUUUGGGAGAAAGUCAUGCGCUGAGAGAGAGGGGCUGACCCUUUUUUAUUUGAACACUGACUCUUGUUUUGUCCCUCGCUGCUAUGCUUAUGGAUAGGUGAGGUGAGUUUUUUUUCAAACUUCUUUUAGGGGGGGAGACAGAGAGAGAAAGUGAGAGGGAGAAAGAGGGAGUAAUUUAUUGUUUCCUGUGAAAAGAGCAAGGCUGCGCCCUUUUCUCCUGCCUGAACUCUGAACCACUAAAUGUGUGUCUGAAGUUUUCUCAGACCUUGGGAGCCAUUGAUCGGAGGUCAGGGCAGAAAACAGAGGGGUGAAAGACAAGAACAGAGCGAGCAGGGGGAUUAAAGAAGAGAGAGAGAAAACAGCACUGGGAAGGACCUCCAGGUCAGUCUAAGCAGACGGCAGAGGAGAGGAAGGUCAACACGAAGGAGCCCAGGACAACUUUUCAUCACAUUUUUGGACAAUUACAAACCUGGAACCACUAUCUUCAAGUGUGGAAGCAAUUUUUAAACUUUGAGGGUAGCUAGGAGCUGGGGGCACAGGGCGGGUCUGUGAAUGAUCCAUUCACAGGACUGCACGUCUCAGAGAAUAUGGCCAUGGUGAGCGGGGGAUGGGGAAACCCCAAUGGGGACACUAAUGGACUGGGGGAGAAGGCUUACCUGAAGAGGGAGGAAGAGGACGGAUCGCCCCAGGCCGGCAGCAGCGAUGUGGACGUCGGGGACGAUGACAAGUCCUGCGUGGUGGACUGUGUGGUGUGUGGGGACAAGUCCAGUGGGAAGCACUACGGUGUGUUCACCUGCGAGGGCUGCAAGAGCUUCUUCAAGAGGAGCAUCAGGCGGAACCUCAACUACUCGUGCAGAUCAAAUCGAGAAUGCCAAAUCGACCAGCAUCACCGCAACCAGUGCCAAUACUGUCGGCUGAAGAAAUGUUUCCGAGUUGGAAUGCGAAAAGAAGCUGUCCAGCGAGGUCGCAUCCCUCCGUCUCACUCAGGCAUCAGUCCAAACUCCCUGGCAGGUGGAGUCGGAGGAGUGGGGCCCGGUCACCUCGGGGCAGAGUAUUUCAACGGGCAGCCUGUUUCAGAUCUCAUCUCCCAGCUCCUCCGGGCUGAGCCGUAUCCCAGCAGCCGUUACGGGGGCCCCUACAGCCAGGCACAGAUGCAGACAUCUGCGAGUGGGGCCUCCGUCAUGGGCAUUGACAGCAUCUGUGAGCUGGCCGCCCGGCUCCUCUUUAGCACCAUUGAGUGGGCCAGAAACAUCCCAUACUUCCCAGAGCUGCCUGUUUCAGAGCAGGUGGCGCUGCUGAGGUUGAGCUGGAGCGAGCUCUUCAUCCUGAACGCGGCUCAGUCCGCUCUGCCUCUGCACAUGGCUCCUCUGUUGGCCGCAGCUGGUUUCCACUCGUCUCCCAUGUCUGCUGAGCGUGUGGUGUCCUUCAUGGACCAGGUCAGGGUUUUCCAGGACCAGGUGGAUAAGCUGAACCGGCUGCAGGUGGACUCAGCUGAGUACAGCUGCCUCAAAGCCAUAGCACUGUUUUCUCCUGAUGCAUGUGGUCUGACAGACCCGGCCCAUGUGGAGUCCCUGCAGGAGAAGGCCCAGGUCGCCCUGACAGAGUAUGAAAGAAUGCAGUACCCCAACCAGCCUCAGAGAUUCGGCCGGUUACUGCUGCGUCUCCCUGCUCUGCGUGCCGUGCCGGCCAACCUCAUCUCUCAGCUCUUCUUCAUGCGUCUGGUGGGCAAGACACCCAUCGAGACGCUGAUCCGAGACAUGCAGCUAUCAGGGAGCUCCAUCAGCUGGCCCUACGUCCCGGGACAGUAAACCCCGGUGGCACCAGAGUGAGAUGAACUGAGAUCAGAUGGGAAGCUCACAGAGAUGACACACGAGUACAAAGUGAAUGUUAUGAAUACAAACUGAGUGUAGACAUCAGUAUUUCCUCACAUAAGCCUUGUAAAGUUUGGUGGUAGUCACACCGAAGCUGCUUUCAGGGACACAAAAAUGUACUUUUGUUUGAGGCACUUGACAGUUUUCUCCUCCGAUCUCUCUUGGUCUCACUCUGGAUAGAAGACAAACAGGGCUUUAAUUAAAAUGCAGACUCUAACAUGAGGCCAUGUGCCUAUACUACCUCCUUCCACAUCACCUCAUAUGUGACUCAGUUUGAACCCAGGCCUGAGUGUUUUCCCUCUGCUUUGUUUUUGAGUCAAACUGAAGCCACUUUCCACAGACAGAGCUUUAUAUCGUCACACGGACACCGUUCAAGUUGUGUCAUGUUUGAUAUGUCGAUGAAAUAUCAGACGUUGUUACCAAAUGUAUCUGUGAAGCCUGAAAAAUAUCACCUUGCACAGAAUUAAAACAAAGAUAGGUGUGAGCAUUGUACUGCAGGUUCUACUCUGUAAAGUACUACCAGUGUGCCAGAUGGGAAAUGUAGUAUCGUACCAGAAGCUUAAAAUGAUUGUAUUUUGAGAACAAUUAUUGAACAAUGGGACGAGAUUCUGAAACGCUGUUGUUUUGAAACACUGCUCCUAAAUGUACCUUCCCCCACUGCGGGAACAAAGUGAUCUGGGCGCUGUCGUCAUGCCCACGAUUCACAUCACACUCACGAUCAGAUUGAAACUGAAGUGUCAUCAAAUAUCGUAGAAAUAUGAUGAUUAUCUUACAUUUGGCAACACUGAGUACUACCAAGAAAUAUUUUGUCUGGUAUAUGUUUAAGGGCAGAGUUAAACAUUUUGGGGAUUAUGUUUACUUGCUUUCUUGCUGAGGGUUAGAUACAAAGACACUUAUCUCAUGUCUGGCUAGAUGGCUAGCUGAUGCUAACAAGCAAUUCAAAUUUUUUUCCCAAUUUGUUAAAAAAAAAGGUUGUAAAACUGAGAAACUGAAAUAAUUUUUUACACUAGGCAACUAUUUUUGAGAAGGUUACUGGUCGAAGUAGUUGCACAUAAUUCUGCAUUAACUAGUAUGUUUUUUACGCUUUUUGUUUCUGUCAGAGUUAUUAAGAGUUUUUAGCAGCAAUCCCGGUGGAUAUUUUAUCUAUGAACAAAACGAGGCUAGCUAUUCCCCUUUUUUCCAGUCUUUAUGCUAAGCUAAGCUAAUCAGCUGCUGGUUCCAUCCUCAUAUUUACUCUACAGAGAUGAGGGUGGAAUCAAUCUUCUUAUCUCAUCCUCAACCAUAAAGCCAACAACUUUAUUUCCCUAAAUGUUGAACUUUGCCCUCGAUGUAGUAACGAUAGAGUUCUUGCAGUAGAAAGAAAAGUGGAGGUGAAUAUGCUCAGACACACCCUGGCUCCCUCAGUCACAUCCCUGUCCAACAUUAUUACCUCAUGUUUUAUACAUCAAAGAUUCUAUAGUGAACUGUUCAUGUACUAAUAAUAUAUAAAGGGAUCAAAUUAUCAUUAUCGCAGAAACCACAAAAAUAAUAUUCUCUCAAAGAGCCGUCUGUCCUCCAGACUUCAGCCAAAAUAUGUUUGAAUGUUUUAAAAAUGUAAAGUUUGAUGUAAGAGGACACCUGAAGUUUAUCGUAUCAUCUUACAGGGAGCUGCACUACAUCAAAUUACUCACAUGCUUUUCUGUUGAAUCUCUGCAAACUGUUUCUUUUGCUUUUAUAAGGGCAGAGGUGGUUCAUUUUGUCACAUGUUUGAUCCCCUUUCAAAAGCAUGUCCUAUUGGACAGCGGUAACUAUCAUAUCACCUGCUUACGCAAGGUCCUUGCAUGUUGCGUGUUGAGGUUUAAAGGUAACGUUGUUUGUUGGUACUGAGAUAAACGGUACGGUACAGCGUAGUUCAUGAGUGUUGAUGUCAUGAACAGCAGCUCGAUGUCACACGUGUUUUAUCUUUCCAGAGUAAUUGAGUGAAAGACAAUUGUAGCUUUUAAAGUUUUGUAUCACCUUUUCUUAAGUCAUAAACAAAGGUAUCAAUGACCAUGAUCCCUGAAGCAGCUCAUCGUGCUCUCGCUGAAUCACUCUGUGUUAUUUGUUGGAAUGUAAACUAGUGAUUUGACUGUUUAGCUUUGCAUUUAAAAGAAGUUUGUUUCUAUGACCAUGCCAAAACUUAAAAAAACUAAUGCAAAA